AUGCUGUCCAAGACGUUGAACUUCAUGAUGGCUGUCGGUAUUGUGCUGGUAAUGUGCCUGUCGGUCAGCCAACCUGCGCAAGCCCACCAGCAACGCAUCAAUGCCACCAGUCUGGGUGCGUGUCGAAAAGGAGAAGCGCGGCAGAACCGCCCGUCUCCGUCACGAUGCGUGUGUGUCUCAUGCAGCUUCAAAGUCUCUGUCGGCCGGUGUCCUGGGCCAGGUUAAGGCCCGUCCCUUCCUGCACCGCAUGGCCACCUUGACAGCCUCCCGCAACGACACGGCACCUGCUACGGCAACCUUCGCUCCCCCCGAAAAACAGCCAUUCAAGGAAUGCAGCAACUUGAAAGAGGACGAGUGCGCGGUGAGUCUAGGUACUUGACAAACACACACAUCUCUCCCACUCACACCAGCCUCUUGGUUGUGUGUGUGUGUGUGUGUGUGGCAGAAGAUGCCCCAAUACCGGUGUGAGAGCGGAGGGAAGAAGGGCACGUGCGUGUGGUCGACCGCCGACAAGAAAUGCUCAUGCAGAGUCUGACCAGUCAGUCAGCUGCCCGCCCGCGGCCGCCUGCCUCAAACGCAG